AAUUGUUCUUGUUUGAACGUUGGUUGAGAGGUGUAGAUGGUGGGUGUUUACCAGAGUCAGCUGAUGGCGGCACCACGGCACCAGAACUUCUCUCAUAAUGUCUGUUUUUGAGAAGACGAAAGAUGACAGGAUGCUCGUGGAUGAUACCAAGCCACUGCUGUGUAAUAUUACUGACGCACAGAACACUGACGGCCAUGUUGAAUACUGUGUUGAAGUGUGGCGUACCCCUGACAUAGAAACUAAAUGGACAGUGAAUCAUCGAUACUCUGACUUUGCACAGCUUCAUGCAUACCUCAAAAUGGGAACUGUUGUGUUGCCACAACUUCCCCCUAAGAAAGUGUUUGGAAAUACUGACAGAGAUUUUAUUAAUGAGAGGAAGGAAGCAUUACAGAAAUAUCUGGAAGGCAUUCUCUUCAAUCCUCUGUUGGCUUCAUCACUUCCAGUUAAGAGAUUUCUUGAUCCAACAAAUUAUACAAGGAAUUUCCUAGAGGAAGCAAGGCAGAAUGUUCAUAUUGUUCUUAGAUCUGGAGGAAGUCAUGAGGUAACAGAAGUUUUGCCGAGUUGUGGUACUCGUAUAGCCAAAGAAUAUUUUCUGGCACACCCUUUGGCAGAUAGUAAAACACAGCAUGUGCUGUGGUGGGCUCCUUUUGGUCCUGAUAAAGCUAUGAACCUUCGGGAUACUCAUGCUACACUCACAGCUCUUGUGCAGUGUCAGCAUCCAUACAUAGUACCAGCAGUCAGUAGCAUCGCCUCAGAAGCUGGAGUGUGUGUUGUGCGACCAUGGUUUCCUCAGGGAAGUCUUCGUGAUAGGAUUCACCAAACCAAGCCUCAAGGAAAUUCUUUGGUUAAAUACUCGAGUGAUAAGUUUAUUCCCAUUGAGCAGACAGACUGUGCAGUUUAUGGGAGACAGAUCUUAGAGGCACUACUGUUCCUGCACGAGAAGGGUAUAGGCCAUGGGCAUCUUCAUACUGGAAAUUUGGUUAUUGAUAAUAAUGUGUGUCGUCUGUUAGACCUAGAAAACCAAGUUGUUGGGCUUCCAAAUCAUAUAAGAUCACACAUGAUACACCAUCGGAAGAUUAACUCGAUGGAGGCUAUUGAUGUUUACUGCUUUGGUCAUGCGUUGUACGAAAUGGUAUUUAGUAAACGUCUUACUGAUAACACCUGCACUGAAUUUCCUCCAGAAAGCCCAGCAUUGUCAAGAUCCGUGCUAGAGAGCAUAUUGAGUGCAGAAGCUUGCAAGAAUGGCCUUCCAACUAUUGCUGGACUCCUUACUCACCCUUUCUUCAAUCAAACGCCACUUCACAGUCAUGAGAAACCUAGCUUGCGCCUCCCCUCUUCCGUCAAGCAGGCAAUAGCAGUCAGCCAAGAGGCCAUGUUAGAAAGACUUGCAGCUGAUCAAAAGAAGGUAAAAAUGAACAUUUAUAUUUCUCUACUGUUAUUUAAUAUAAAAAUAAUGUUUAUAAGUCUUGUGUGAUCUUAUCAAUAAAGG